AGUACGGUGCGGUGGAGGGUGAUGUAAUCAUGUGUCUGUUACAGUGAUCACAGUACAGUGCGGUGGAGGGUGAUGUAGUCAUGUGUCUGUUACAGCGAUUACAGUACAGUGCGGUGGAGGGAGAUGUAGUCAUGUGUCUGUUACAGCGAUCACAGAACAGUGCGGUGGAGGGUGAUGUAGUCAUGUGUCCGUUACAGCGAUCACAGUACAGUGCGGUGAAGGGGGAUGUAGUCAUGUGUCUGUUACAGCGAUCACAGAACAGUGCGGUGGAGGGUGAUGUAGUCAUGUGUCCGUUACAGCGAUCACAGUACAGUGCGGUGAAGGGGGAUGUAGUCAUGUGUCUGUUACAGCGAUCACAGUACGGUGCGGUGGAGGAUGAUGUAGUCAUGUGUCUGUUACAGCGAUCACAGUAUGGUGCGGUGGAGGUUAAUGUAGUCAUAUGUCUGUUACAGCGAUCACAGUACAGUGCGGUGGAGGGUGAUGUAGUCAUGUGUCUGUUACAGCGAUCACAGUACAGUGCGGUGGAGCGUGAUGUACAUGUAGUCAUGUGUCUGUUACAGCUAUCACAGUACAGUGCAAUGGAGCGUGAUGUACAUGUAGUCAUGUGUCUGUUACAGCUAUCGCAGUAUGGUGUGGUGGAGGGUAAUGUAGUCAUGUGUCUGUUACAGCGAUCACAGUACAGUGCGGUGGAGGGUGAUGUAGUCAUGUGUCUGUUACAGCGAUCACAGUACAGUGCGGUGGAGGGUGAUGUAGUCAUGUGUCUGUUACAGCGAUCACAGUACGGUGCCAUGGAGGGUGAUGUAGUCAUGUGUCUGUUACAGCGAUCACAGUACGGUGCAAUGGAGGGUGAUGUAGUCAUGUGUCUGUUACAGCCAUCACAGUACAGUGCGGUGGGGGUGAUGUACAUGUAGUUGUGUGUAUGACAUCUGUUACAGAGAUCACAGUACGGUGCGGUGGAGGGCGACCU